AUGAAGUUUAAAAAACUUCAAAUGGCAACACAUCCCGACAAAUGGGUCAAUGCAUCUCAUCGAGAGCACACCUAUUCAAUGGACAACUCGUCGCUUAUAAACAAAGCUUAUAAAACACUUCGCGAUCCAUACGAACGCGGCGUCUAUUUAUUGAAUAUAUUAUUCAAUACUCAGAUCCAAGAAAACGAAACUCGAUUUGAUUCACAAUUUUUGUCGGAAAUAAUGAAAGUGAAUGAAGACAUCGAAGAAAACAUUGUUUCAAAGAAUAAAUUAAUGAACAUUUUUACGGACAACGAGAAGAAUAUGAAAAAAGUAAUGCAUGACAUGUCACUAGCGUUUGAGUCGAACGAUAUUUAA